AUGUUCCUGCCCUCCGUCAGCCUGAGGAGCUUGGCGUUUUACGCCUUCAUGGUGCUCAUGGCCAGCCUGGGGCUGUGGGACGUCUUCUUCGGCUUCGAGGAGAACAAGUGCAGCAUGAGCUACAUGUUCGAGUACCCGGAGUUCCAGAAAAUACAACUUCCAAAGAAAGUGGCAAAGCGCUAUCCUUCCUAUGAACUGUAUCUUUACGGAGAAGGAUCCUACGCGGAGGAACACAAGAUCCUCCCUCUAACGGGUAUCCCCGUUCUCUUCCUCCCUGGGAAUGCUGGGAGUUAUAAGCAGGUGCGGUCCAUGGGCUCCAUUGCGCUGAGGAAAGCCGAAGACAUUGACUUCAAGUACCACUUUGACUUCUUUAGCGUGAACUUCAACGAAGAACUGGUGGCCCUGUACGGGGGAAGCCUCCAGAAGCAGACCAAGUUCGUGCAUGAGUGCAUCAAAGCCAUUCUCCAACUCUAUAAGGGUCAAGAAUUUGCUCCAAAAAGUGUGGCGAUAAUUGGUCAUUCUAUGGGUGGCCUUGUUGCCAGGGCACUGCUUACACUGAAAAAUUUUAAACAAGAUCUGCUGAAUCUCCUUAUUACACAGGCCACCCCGCAUGUGGCUCCCGUGAUGCCCUUAGACCGGUUCAUCACAGAUUUUUAUAUGACUGUAAACAACUAUUGGAUUCUAAAUGCUAGACACAUAAAUUUAACCACGCUUUCUGUAGCUGGAGGAUUCCGGGAUUACCAAGUUCGUUCCGGACUGACUUUUCUACCAAAGCUAAGCCAUCACACCAGUGCCUUAUCUGUUGUGAGCUCAGCAGUGCCUAAGACCUGGGUCUCCACAGACCACCUCUCCAUUGUGUGGUGUAAACAGUUGCAGUUGACUACAAUUCGAGCAUUCUUUGACCUGAUUGAUGCUGACACUAAGCAAAUAACUCAAGAUCCCAAGAAGAAAUUGUCGGUUUUGAAUCACCACUUUAUAAGACACCCAGCAAAGCACUUUGAGGAAAAACCAGCAAUAAUUUCUGACUUAACAGUGACGCCGCUGUGGGUUCCGGUCAAAGUGUCCAAGUGGUCCUAUGUGGCAUACAAUGAAUCUGAUAAUAUAUAUUUUACAUUUCCUCUUGCAAAUCAUAGAAAAAUCUACUCUCAUGCCUAUUGUCAGAGCACCAUGCUGGAUACAAAUAGCUGGAUUUUUGGCUGCAUAAACAGCACUUCUAUGUGCCAGCAAGGUGUUGACUUAUCAUGGAAAGCUGAACUGUUGCCAACAAUUAAGUCUCUAACGUUAAGACUUCAAGACUAUCCAUCUUUGUCUCAUCUUGUUGUUUAUGUACCAUCGGUCCAUGGAAGUAAGUUUGUUGUGGAUUGUGAAUUCUUUAUAAAAGAGACAAGAUCCAUACAGCUUCAUGUAACACAUCUUUUUUCCUUCGGGUUAUCUUCAAGGACAGUGAAAUUAAACACAAACGGCCUAUUCUAUAAUAUAGAGCUUCUGAACUUUGGACAGAUUUACCAAGCUUUUCAAGUCAACGUAGACAGCAAGUGCUCAGGAGUCAAAGAAGAAAUAACUAGUAUCUAUAAACUUCACAUUCCCUGGUCUUAUGAAGAUUCGCUAACCAUUGCACAGGUCCCGUCUUCAACAGAAAUUUCUCUGAAACUCCAUGUUGCCCAGCCAGACAAUGACAGCCACGUAGCAUCAUUAAAGAUGUACACGUCUUCCGACUGUGAGUAUGAGGUGACGAUUAAGACUUCCUUUCCGCAAAUCCUUGGACAGGUCGUUCGGUUUCACGGCGGAGCUCUUCCUGCUUACGUUGUGUCGAGCAUCCUUCUUGCUUACGGAGGACAGUUAUACUCCCUUUUCUCAGCAGGUCAUUGCUUAGAAUAUGCUACUAUGUUGGAUAAAGAAGCCAAACCGUACAAAGUUGAUCCUUUUGUGAUUAUGAUUAAGUUUCUGUUGGGGUAUCAGUGGUUUAAGGAAAUAUGGGAUGCCUUGCUGUUACCAGAGUUAGAUGUCAUCGUCUUGACGAGUCAGAGCAUGUGUUUCCCCCUGGUCUCCCUGAUCCUUUUUCUGUUUGGAACGUGCACUGCCCACUGGGGUGGCCUGCUCUGGUCCACCGCCCUGAGGCUCCUGUCCUCACUGUGGCUCACCUUGAAGAGGCCCUCCGAACUUCCUAAAGACAUCAGGAUGCUCUCCCCACAUUUGCCCCUGCUGACCACUGUUCUGAUCGUAAUCAGUUGGGUGACGUGUGGAGCAUUGGCCAUCCUUCUCAUGUACCUCUACUACGUGUUCAAGAUUGUUCAUCUGCAAGCCAGUGUAACAAAUUUUAAAAAUAGCCAAACUGUGAAUCCGAAACACUCUCGACGGAGUGACAAGAGAUGCAAUCAGCACAAGGAGGCAGCCCACCCGCCCUGCCUGUCGGCCAGCGAGGCCGAGGACAGCCUGCGCAUGCACAGCACCGUGGCCACGCUGCUGGCCUGGGUCGUGCUGCUGUGCGUGCCCUCGCUCAUCUACUGGCUCAAGAACCUGCGGUAUUACUUUAAACUUAAUCCUGAUCCGUGUAAACCUUUGGCAUUUAUCCUUAUUCCAACUAUCGCAAUUCUUGGAAAUACUUACAAUGUUUCAAUAAAAUCAAGUAAAUUGUUGAAGACCACGUCCCAGUUCCCGCUUCCUCUGGCUAUCGGCGUGAUUGCCUUCGGGUCCACGCACCUGUACAGGGUCCCCUGCUUUGUCUUCGUCCCGCUCGCGCUCCACGCCCUGUGCAACUUCAUGUGA